AUGUCUUUCAAUACCAUUAUCCAACAUAUUAAAUCGGAAAAAUACCGUCAACUUGGAUUUUGGAAAUCCAGCGAAAACGGUACCCCAUUAAAUCCUCUUCAUUGGUUCCAGUUUGCCGACGACGCGGCUGUUGUUAGCGGCCAAGAAAAAGAAAACCAAAUGCUCCUUAAUCGCUUUACAAUCUGGUGUCAGUGGGCUCAAACGAUAAUACGUGUAGACAAAUGUUCAACAUUUGGCAUUAGGAAACAAGUAACCAAAUCCAUUCAAUAUCUCCCAAAACUAUUUAUAAAUAACUGUCUUGUACCACGUGUUGAACUUGGUAAAUCGUUUCGCUACUUAGGUCGCUAUUUUGGUUUCAACAUGUCCGACGAAGAUCACAAAUCUGAAGUAUAUGACACACUUACUAGUAUCCUGAAUGAAAUUGAUGAUCUAGCUACCAUUACAUCCGAAAAACAAAAUUCUCUUAUACCGCAGUCGUUAUGUGCUUUCCAAAAUCUCUUGGCACUUCACUGUUUCUGA